GGAUCUGUCAGCUCGGUCAUGUGAUGCGGUCUGUGUAGGGAAAAUGUCGCUGUGAGGAAUUCCAGGCAGCCCUCAGUGUGUGUGGCAUGGCUGCAGUGUGGCAGCAGGUGCUGGCAGUGGAUGCAAGGUACAAUGCUUACCGGACGCCCACGUUCCCCCAGUUCCGCACCCAGUACAUCCGCCGGCGUAGCCAGCUGCUCAGAGAGAACGCCAAGUGUGGUUUCGAGCCGGUCCUGCGCAAACAGUACCUGCGCCUGCGCAGCCAGCUGCUCGCCCUGCGCUACGGGCCGCUGUCCGAGCAGAGCAGCUUCAGGGCCAGCAGUGUGCGCAGCUCACGCACUACACUGGACCGCAUGGAGGACUUUGACGAGGACCCCAGGGCUCAGGGUGCUCGAGGUCACCGUCGCUCAGUAAGUCGUGGUUCCUAUCAGCUGCAGGCCCAGAUGAACCGGGCGGUGUAUGAAGAAAGGCCCCCGGGCAGCUUGGUACCCACCUCUGUGGCAGAGGCGAGUCGUGCCAUGGCAGGCGACACCACACUGAGCGAAAACUACGCCUUCGCCGGCAUGCAUCACAUCUUCGACCAGCACGUCGACUCUGCAGUUCCUCGACUGCAGUUCGCCAACGACGACAAGCACCUCCUGGCCUGCUGCUCGCUGGACGGGACCCUGUCCAUCAUGGCGCUGUCCCCGCUCCCCCCGACCGUCAAGGUCGCCCUGGAAGGCCACGCGGGUCCGGUGACCGACUUCGCCUGGUCGCUCAGCAACGACGUCAUCGUGUCCACCUCGCUGGACGGGACGCUGCGCAUCUGGAACACGGAGGACGGCCGGUGCAUCCGCGAGGUCAGCGACCCCGAAUCCAGCGAGCUCCUGUGCUGCACCUUCCAGCCCAUGAACAACAACCUCACCGUGGUUGGGAACAGUAAACACCUGCUUCAAGUGGUGAACAUCUCCACCGGGAAGAAGGUCAAAGGGGGCUCCAGCAAACUGACCGGCCGGGUGCUGUCGCUAUCGUUCGACGCCCCGGGGAGGAUCCUGUGGGCUGGCGAUGACCGAGGGAGCAUCUUCUCCUUCCUCUUUGACAUGGCUACAGGGAAGCUGACCAAAGCUAAGAGACUGGUGGUGAGCGAGGGAAGCCCGAUUUCCAGCAUCUCGGCCCGGUCGUGGAUCAGCCGAGAGGCUCGGGACCCGUCACUCCUCAUCAAUGCCUGCGUCAAUAAACUGCUGCUCUACAGGGUUGUGGAUAAUGAAGGAACCCUGCAGCUGAAGAGAAGCUUCCCAAUCCAGCACAGCUCUCAGCUCAUCCACAGCAUCUUCUGCCCACUGAUGUCGUUCAGACAAGGCGCCUGUGUUGUGACCGGCGCCGAAGACGCGUGCGUUUACUUUUUCGAUGUGGAGCGCAACACUAAAGCGAUCGUGAACAAGCUGCAGGGGCACAGCGGCCCCGUCCUGGACGUCAGCUUCAACUGCGACGAGAGUUUACUGGCCUCCUCCGACGCCACGGGCAUGGUCAUCGUCUGGAGACGCGAGCAGAAGUAAUAACGAAAAUGCUGUUAAUGCUAAACUUCCACUCAAUCAGCAGCUCAAGUCCGACCCCGCCGUAACGACCCCUCGCACAUCUGUCUGAUGUUCCGCUCUCCUGACGUUCCUGUGCGCUGUUCCUAAUUCAUUUAUCAGUUCUGAUUGUGAUGCUUGAUGCUCGGCACAAAUGUCUUAUAUAAAUUAUUGCCUCAGUAAGAGAGAGAGAAAUUUUAUGCUGUGUGUGUGUGUGUGUGUGUGUGCGCAUGUAAGUGAACGACCUCAAUGUUUAAUGGUGAUGAGAUGAUGUUGGCUUAUAAAAUAACACUACUGUAUUUAUGAACAUUAGAAAGUAAUAAAGUUCAUCACACACUC